UUUAAAUACGGCUCAUUACUUUUAUUGCACUAACCCUUUAAUUGAUACAAACUGCCAAGACCAUUGGACAGACGCUAUUAUGUGGUGGUGUUAAUAACCCUUUUGCCAACACUAAAUCCCGUAACCUCAAAAAAACAAUCCUCAUAUCCAGACCUCCUUUAAGCGUUACUGUGCCAAUUUGACGCUGUAUUUCAAUUGGUUAUAUCACAUUAUAAAUAAUGGACACAGUUAUGGUAACAGACAUGUCUGGGUUUUUACAGGAACAGGCAGCUCAAGCCCCUGAUGACAUUAAGGAAUUUUAUUAUGCCAUUGAAGACUUACACGAAAGAAGAUUAUGGAAGCAGCUUACGGACGUUUUAAUCAAGUUUUUUGAUGACCCGAAGUCUUUGUCUUCAAGAUAUGCACUAUUUUUUCAAUUUGUUGACUCAUUUCAUGCAAAUAUCAAUCAACUAAAAUAUGCUUACAUGGGUUUGAAGUCCAUUGAAAGCUGUAGCAAUGAGGAAGCAUUAAAAAGUCUUGAAGCUAUAAAACAGCGUAUCGACAAAGAAAAAAGCAUCGAUGCAUUUGUUUAUACUCAAUGUGCAAUUGCUCGUGUUAAGCUUGUUUUAGGCGAUUCCGAGGCUGCUUUAGAUAUCUUGACUUCAAUUUCCAAAAUUAUUGACAAAUUUGAUUACGUUGAAGGAAUCAUUAAUGCAGCCUACUACAGCGUGAGUGCUGACUACUAUAAGUCCAAAGGUGAUUUUGCUCAAUUUUAUCGUCAUUGUCUCCUUUACAUUUCCUGUAUUGAUUUAGGGGUCCAAACUGGGCAAGAACUUUUAGAAAAGGCAAUUGAUCUUAGUGUCGCCGCUGUUCUAGGUGAGAUUUAUAACUUCGGUGAUCUAAUCCUUCAUCCGGUUUUCGAAAAGAUGGUCAACACGGAAUUUCAGUGGUUACAUGAUCUUGUCAUUGCCAUGAAUGCCGGUAAUCUGAAGGAGUUUGAGGCACUUGUAGGUCAUGUUCAUAAGUUGCCUUUGCUGAAGGAUGCUAUUCCAUUUCUUGGUCAGAAAAUUCGCCUCCUUGCACUCUUGGAGCUUGUUUUUCAACUAUCCCCCAGUCAACGCUUACUCUCAUUUAAGACGAUUGCAGAAACCACUCGAAUUCCUACAUAUGAAGUGGAAUUGCUUGUUAUGAGAGCAUUAAGUUUGGGCUUAAUUGAUGGCGAAAUUGAUCAAGUUGCCGAGAUUGUUAGAAUUUCUUCUGUACAAUCCCGCAUUCUUAACAAGGAACAAAUCGCAAAUAUGGAAACAAGACUUCGUGAGUGGAGCCAGGGCGUUAAAAAUCUUUCUCGUGUGGUUGAAACUUCCAGUAAAGGUGUCAUUGUUUGAUUCCCGUAGACCUGCUUAAUGAAAGAAUGUUUAUUACUAUAACGAAGAUUGCAACACGAGCUUUAUAAUAUAUUGCAUUAAACUAAAUUGUCGUGUAUCUACUGGUAGUAAAAACCAAUGCUGUCACAAAAAGGCUGCAACUAAAGUUAGUAAAGAACUAAGUCUAAAUCUUGUUCACUUACGCCUGCGCUUCCAAAGAAACCACUGAAUACAGAGUUGAUGGGAAGCAAAAAAUUUCUUGAACCGCCGCCUUGUUCAUUACCGUAAAAUGGACUUUCGUUACCAUUCUCAAAAAUGAAGCCAAUGCCGUCGACCCAAGCACCGCUUCUAAUUUUAAAACCGACUAUCCGGGAGCCAGAAAAGGGAACAUCCUUCGGGCUGCCUCCCCUGUUUCCAAACAUCAGACUUUGUCCAUUUGAAAGUGUCAAUUCUAUGCCAUCAAGAGCCAUGCCUGAGUAUACGCGAAUGUGGGUAAUGUGAGUCUCGGGAGGAAUCAAUAAACUGGGCAAUUCUUGACCACCUGUUCCCUUGAGCCCAAAAGUUUGUGACUUAUGCAUUGAGCCAUAUGGUGUUUCAGCAAUUGCAUCACUCAGUGUCUUUGAAAUAUCAUUAAGUUCUUCGCAUUUGUUGUUACAUGAUAGAAUGCGGACUUUGUACGCUCUAUCACCAGCGUUUGACAUUUCUCGUAAUUCCCUAUCCGAAAACGCGAUCAUUGUUUGGGGUGGAUUGAAUUCCUUCCAGCCCCUGGUUAAAUUGUCGUAUUCGACCUCCAGCAGAUAUAUUCCACUUGCACAUGAAACUUGAAUUCGUUCUUUGAGAGGGGUUAUCGUCAAGUCUCCAUUUGUAUCAAAAACUGGGUCAUUUGGUAAUCUGAAAGAAGGGUGAUAGAGAAAUCGCAGCAUAUCUAAGCGAUGCCAUGAGCAUUCGUCUUUUUCAAGUACUGGCUUUAAUCCUGUGGAACCAGUACGAACGCAUUUAAACUCUUGCGUAGUGAAUGUUCUGUUGAACACUGUGUAUGAACGCAGCAUGAUACCAUCGGGUUGAUGUGGACAACCUAACGAAUGUCCGACUUCAUGAAGCAUUGCGCCAAUGCCGAUAUUUGCGCAUUCCCAGACAGUGGAACUCUCAUUUGCAUCGUUCGCAAGAUAUUUUGGAACUAGACGGUCGUCACUAAAAGUGGGAACAACGUACUCUAUUGCACUAGGAAAAGAAUGAAGAGAAUGAGAACCAAAAACUCCUAAAUGACUAUCACCAGCUCCGCCGCCUAAAGCGACGUGACCUCUUAUUUUCCCCGACGAAGAGUCAUAUCGCGUGUCCAAAAACAUGCAUGCAAACCAAAAGGGUUGGGGAACAUUGUUCUUAUGAAGAGUAUCCAUAGCAAUACCAAAAAGAUCGUCAUCAGGUACACUGCGAAUUUCCUCUGCUGUCUUAUCCGCUCUAAAGACAUUUACAGUUGCUGUUAAACGCUGAGUUCCCCAUGGUGACAUGCAAGACAAUGUAUCUGGCUGAACAGUUUCUGCCAGCUGAAAGGUUCUUCUGCCAAAACCGUUCCUAUACAUACAAUCCGCUGUAAAUGCUUGCCAAAGAUAAGCUGCACAUCGGAGUUUUCGCAUGGCUUCAUCCAAAUCAUUUUUCAUGCUUUGUGGACAAUCAAAUGUAGCUGGAGAGUCUCUUCCAAGCAUAAAAGCAAGCUGUACCACUGGAUUGUUCGUGAGGCGCUGAUAAUGCAACUUGAGUGAUUGUUUUGUUGUUACAUUUCCAUUGCUUUCAUUGAAACAAAACUCAAUGUCAUUUUCACCCGGUUCAACAUGAACUAACGCCUUAUAGAAACCCCCGUUAACCGGCCAUGACUGACUUGGGAAAGAUCCUUGGUUAUGAGUGACUGUUAUGCAUCCAUCGCGUUCAACCGAGACUCUUCCACGGACAAGUACAAAUCUCUAAGACGAAAAAAAUUUAGUAUGAAAUAUCAGUGUGUUUUCUCGUACAUGGUAAACUGUUUCACCUGUUUUAAUAUUAUCAAAUAGAAUUUGCUGCAUACCAA